AUGGAAUUGCAAUCCGUUUGUGGCGGAAUUUCCUUUCCCAAGCUCCGGUUCCAUAUUCGCCACCACUCGACUCGUCGAAUUGGUUCUUCUUCCAUUCAAUUUGGGGCCAGAUAUGGGAGAUCUCAACUGGGCACCGUCUCGAACUCCGGUUCGAAGAAUGUAUUUAGGGGAAUUGAAUUGCGUAGCUUGAACAGAGGAAUUUUAUUACGUGCUUCUAGUUCUAGUCAUCAUGCGGAAGUUAAUUUGAAGCUCUCGGAGAAGGAAGGUUCUGGGCUGCCUGCUAUUGGAAGCUUCAACGGUGGGUUUGAGCCGUUUCGCGGUAAAUCGGGUUCUGUAUCGUUCUGUGGAUUGACUCACCAAUCAGUAGAAGAAGGGAAACUGGUUUCAGCGCCAUUUAAGGAGGAGAAAGGCUCUUUCCUCUGGAUUUUAGGGCCAGUUGUGCUGAUAUCCUCUUUGAUCUUCCCCCAAUUCUUCCUUGGGUUGGCAGUCGAGGAACUCCUGAAGGAUGUGGUUCUUGUAGAAAUGGCGAGUUCACUGUCGUUUGAGGCAGUGUUCUACAUUGCUUUAGCAACCUUCCUACACAUAACCGACCGAAUGCAGAAGCCUUACCUGGAAUUCAGCUCGAAAAGAUGGGGCCUUCUCACUGGCUUUAGAGGCUAUAUAACUUCAGCAUUCUUCACCAUGGGGUUCAAGGUCGUAGUACCACUUCUCAUGGUUUAUGUCACCUGGCCGGUACUUGGUGUGCCUGUUGCUGUUUCUGUUAUCCCAUAUCUAGCUGGAUGCAUAGCCCAGCGUGUGUUCGAGGUCAGGUUGGAGAAGCGAGGUUCAUCUUGUUGGCCUUUAGUACCCAUAAUUUUCGAGGUAUACAGACUAUUCCAGUUGACCAAAGCUGCUCAAUUCAUCCAGAGGCUGCUGUUCUCAAUGCAAGGGCUCCCUGAAUCUGCUGAACUGAUCGAAAGAGUUAAAGCGUUGGUUUCAGUGGGGGUGGCCUUCCAGUUCCUUGGUGUGGUUUGUCUCUGGUCCUUGAUCACGUUUCUUAUGAGGCUGUUUCCUUCUAGGCCUGUUGCUGAGAACUAUUGA